AUGAGAAUACUUAGCACAGCUGCGUUCGUUGGUCUGGAACCAGAAUUAGCCACCAGGGAGGGUUUUGAAUGGGCGACCAAAGAGUGUAAAAUGAUGAAAUCCGGCGGUGUCAUUGGUGGGCUUCAAAAUGACAUUUUCUCUCGCAAGCAUGAACAAAAGAUGGGCAACGUGACUUCUGCCGUCGAGUGUUAUAUGAAGGAGUAUAGAGCGUCGGAGGAAGAAGCGGUUGAAUUCCUGACGAAGGAGGUUUCAAUUGCUUGGAAAGACAUGGCCGAAGAGUACUGUCAGAAACGAACAACUACAUUCCCAAUAGCUUUUGCGGAUACUAUGUUCAACGUGGCACGUACCGUCAGUUUCUUAUACGAGAACGCCGAUUGCAUCAUCAAUUCCCACCUUUUGAAGGAUCACCUCACUUCACUGUUCAUUGAUCCCGUGCCUCUUUGA